AUGCUGGACAACUUCUUCAAAGGAGAUAUCCCAAGUAUCUUCGAGACAACGAUAAAACGCGAGAAAGGGAAAUCCGCCGAUAAUUCAACAACAUCGAAGCUGAAAGAUUACAGAAACGAAGAAGAAUUCUUGAAGAGUGUCACGGCUACAAUAUGCUAUUGCGGCUCGUUUUGGACCUUUGGAAUGGCGGCUGCUGUUAUUGGGCCGACGUUGCUGGAACUAGGUUGUGUAACGAACCGCCCGGUUAAUGUGAUGAGUUGGGUCUUUUUAUCGCAAGCACUAAGCGCCUUGUUUGGAUCAAGUUUAGGAGGAUUUUUGGCAGACAGGUAAAGAUUUAAAUUCAUUUUAUAAUUUUCGAAUGUAAAUUAAAUAUGAUAAAGUCCUCAAUAAGAAAAAUUCCAAGCGAUUUAACUGUGAAAUCGCAAAAGAUAUUUUGCAUGCUUAGAAUACAAAAAUAAUACACACCAUAGGAAAAACUUCCCGACGAGCUCUUUUACGAAGCUCACGUUAGGCAUUUAUUUUAUUAUGCCAAUACAAAGCUCAAAGACAGAUAAACGCAAUGGAGCUGAUAAAAGUUAACUGAGAAAGGCAAUUUCUUAAACUAAGGCCCCAUGAAGGGUAUUUUAAACAGGAAAGGGGAGGUCCCAUGAUACACAGUCUUCUACUGUAUGCUACAUGAGGAGCAAUGGGGGAUGCCCUGUGAAUUCCGCCAGGUAAGCAGGUUUAUUUAACAACAGCAUAAAAAUCAUGUUGAAGAGAUUUUAAUUUUAGGCGUUAAUCUAUUAAUAAAACACCCUUAAAAUAGAACUCAAGUCUAUCUCAGGGAAUCGACGCAACGUUCUCUGCGAGUUUUGCCAGCGAUCUUGGAGCUGGCGAAUCGAUAACCUGUGAACAGUAGUAUACCGAUAACCUGUGAUAACAGUAGUAUACCAAAGAACAUUUCGUAUAGAAUGUAAAACCCUCAAUCAAAAAGCAUUGAUAUUAAUUCUCUUCUCAUAUAAAUACGAAGAUGAUAGAUAUUAAUCUUGAACAAUAUAAUCUCAACAGCAUCUUAAUUUUUCCUCGCCUUUCUUUCUAAAGUUACAUUGUUGUAUUAGUUUGCUGUAUCCCUUUCUAUAUCGUUGCGCGUGAUGAUUACAAUAAAGGAUGAACAAUCGAUUGUUAGUUACUGAUGAUAUCACAAUCUCUGCAUACGCGAAUACGACAUACGUUUUCACAAUCUCUGCAUACACGAAUACUAAAUAAGUUUUGUCUACACUUCUGAGCUAAAAUUGGUACUUUUUAAUCGCGACCCCCUGAAAAAGUCUUUAAGCAAUAAGUGCUUAAAUCAGAAAAGAUUUGUUUCGUUGUGUGUAAAAACUGUAGUUUUUCUUGAGCGUUUCUUCCGAAAAUUUCCCUCAUAAACUAACUAUAUCGUAACCAGAUCUCCCUCGCGUUUUUCGUUUGAAAUCUGCUGGACCAGUUGGCUAAAUUUGUUUAUGUAAAGAUGUUUAGGUACUGUAAUACUUCGUGAAAGUAGAAACUCAGAAGAAUCGAUAGUUUCUUAGUUUGAUUUUUGGUGACGUCACGUGAAACCCAAGAAUAGACAGAAGACGUCAUUGCCACGUUGCCAUGGUAGCAAAAUUUCUGGAUGUCAACAAACCGUGGUGUUGCAAAUAUGGCAGAAAAAAAAAAUUGACGUGUAUGACUUUCCUAUGCGUGAUUGCACUCAGGAACAAAAUGGUGGCCAGGGGCGGAUCUAGGGGGAGGGUGCAGGGGGUGCGCCCCCCCCCUUAAGAUGACCUGCGGUUUACUAAUACAACUGGUAUUCUGCCAAAAAAAAACUAUGUGGUUUAUUGGUGUUGAAGUAGAGCAAGAGGCGAGUGCACCCCCUCCUGAAAAAAAUCCUGGAUCCGCCCCUGGUGGCCCAUACUUUUCUUCCAUCGUUAGACUAGAAAGCAAAUGGUAUUACUACCAUGCUACCGUGGUAACGUGACCCCACUCACCUCAUUUUAUACUCUUUUCAGGUACGAUUGUAACGUCAUCCUGUUGUAUUGCGUGACUUCCGUAGCAGUAUACCUAGCUAUCAUUCCAGUGUGUCACGUAUUUGGCAUAAUGCUGGCGUUUUUUGCCCUGUUGGGAGUUCACAUGGGAAUAAUUGACACAGUAGCAAACAGUAUCCUCAUCAAAAUUCACGGGAAAAAGGUGCGUGUAUUAUGGAGCGUAUUCACUCACGUGGCCAGCAUCUAUGCAAAUUUAUGGGAACAAAAGAAAUGUUUUACAUAAGAAAAGAGUCCAACCCCCACAGGAUUUGAUUGGAACACCAACAUGGCCGCCUUUUCAUUGUUUUGGAAAACCAAUAUGGCCGCCGUGACGUCAUGUGAAUACGCUCAAUAUGUAGAUUAGCAAAAGAACGCAAAAGCGCGCGGAAAGGGCUGAAAGCGACUCCAUUGCUCCAGUCGGUUUGCACAAUCUGACCGCGCCAUUAAGGAGCUUAAGCAACGGCGACGGCGACGAGAACGGCAAAAAAGCGAUAGGUUUACAUAAGCAAAACAACAACAUCUGCACGUGCAUCACGCUUUUUUGUGCAUUUCUUUUCUGUUACUACACGACUACAACGUGAAAAUGCCUAAUUUCACGUUUUGAAGAGGACGUGAAAACACAAGACAACGACUUUCUUACUCUUUUCUUGAACUUCGAUGCAGUCUUUUAGAAUUCAAAUCUAGAAAAAAUUGCCAACAUUUGACGAAUUGAACAAGAUGGAACAAGUGCUAUAAAGUUUGCAGCAGCGCGACGUCACUUUUUGAGAGACGUUUCCUUAGCCGUCGCUGUUGUUGCUGCGUAAGAGUCUCUAUUAUUAUCAGCGCGUCCUCUCGGAAGUCACGUGACUUGACGGUACGCGUAAGCGUUCUCCUGUACAGACUCAUUGCUUUGGGGGACGACGGGCGAGAGUCGACCUUGCAAAGGAGGAGUUUUCUUUUUUCUUUUUUUUUGCAAAAAUCAAACAUAGUAUUUCAUCAUAUAUCAUAUUGAACACGAAGAAAGUUGAAAAAUUGUCUCGUGAAAAUGCAUAAAGAAUUUGAUUUAACUUCUCAAACAAUCUAAAAACGUCACAUAGCGUUAUUUGCUUUGAGAAAUAUAUUACCUGUAGUGAAAAUUGUUUUAUUUUUUACUUUUUACGUUAAUAUUGCCAUUUUGAAUUUUUAUAGGUGGCACCAAGAUUACAGGUAAGUGAUACUCUGUUACUCUGAAUCCUUGGAAAACACGAAGAGUGUUUCGUUACAUCUGUUCCAUAAAAAAGAACAGAAAUAAAAACGCAUUUAACACUAAUUAAAAUUUGAUUCUUUUGUACUUUCUUUCUGGAAUGAAUCAGAUGAAUCAGGAAAGACACUUUUUCUCGUGUUUGAUCCGAUAUCCAAACGCCGUCAAGUCACAUAUUAAACACGAGAAAAAGUGUCUUAUCUGAUAUCAAAACACCGAGAAGUAAUAUACGAGAAUUGAAGGAGUGUUUCAUCUGCCAUUCAAAUACCGUGAAGUCAUAUAUCAAACACAAGAGGAAGUGUUUCAUCUGAUUUCCAAACACUGACUGAAUAUAUCAACCACGACAAUGAGUGUUUCAUCCUAUAUCCAAACUCUAUUAUCUCCAACAUUAGAAGUGUUUCAUCCCGGGGUUUCAUCUGAUAUCCAAACACCGAGAAGUAAUAUAUUAAACACGGGAAGGAGUGUUUCAUCUGAUAUCCAAAUACCGAGACGUAAUUACGAUAUCAAACACGAGAAGGUGUGUGUUGCAGCUAAAAUCUAUACACCGAGAGAUAAUAGAUUAAACACGAGAAAGAGUGUUUCAUCCGAUAUCCAAACACCGAGGAGUAAUUUCUCACAAACCAGAAGGAGUGUUUCAUUUGAUAUCCAAACACCGAAACGUAAUAGGUUAACACAUGAAGAAGUUUUUCAUCUGAUACCAGACCCUGAAAAUUGCGAAGCAAUAUAUGAAAUAUACGAUUGAGUGUUUGAUCUGUGUUACAACACGAGGAGCGUUGAUAUCACGUCUCAAUUCCUUAAUUAAAUUCUCUAACUAUCAAAUGAAUACAAAGCUUUAAUUUGCACUGUGGUGUUAUAUACAGCCUUCGUUUACUUCAUUUAUUGUUUCUGAGUUUGUUAAAAGAAAAAGUGCCUUGCAAGCGCGUAAGCGAAUUAGACUCCGAAUUUUUUAGAUCCUUUAUUCAUGUAUUGCGCCAUCUGGCGGCUUGCAGGACUAAAAACAAGAUUUAAGCAAGGGUAGUACCAUUUAGGGUUGCCCUUUUUGCAUUUUCUCUUACAUAAUAGACCUUAUUCACGAUAUCCGCCAUCUUUGCAUCACACAUGUCCAAUACUCUCGACUGGAUUCCAGUGGACAAAACCUGGAUCCUUAAGGACUGAUGGUUUCUCCGAGGGGGCAAACAAGUGAAAAAAAUUGCCAAUGGAAGAAAUCGCGGUCGAGUUUGUUUAUUCUAGACAACAGGAAAUGAAGACCUUUUCACCCUAAAGACGAUAUUAGGGCCAUUUAUACGAGGAAAAAUAAGACGCGUCUUACAUAGGACGCGAACUUUCCGUAUAAACGGCACAUUUCGUCUCAAAUAAGACGCGGCUUAGCUAAGACGCGUCUUAUUUAAGAACAGCCCUUAGCACCUGUUCUUAGAUAAGACGCGUCUUAGCUAAGACGAGAAAAACUUCGUACAAAUGACCUUCGCGUCUUAAAUAAGACGCGAACGCAUAGUACGCAUGCGUUAAUUUUUGGUGCGCCACGUUGGAUUGCCGUUGCUACGGGCAACAUUUACAUGAAAACGAGUCAAUAACAGAAAUAAGACGCGAAUCAUUUAUACGAGCUGUUCUCGUCUUAGAUAAGACAUGCUCGUAUAAAUGGUACAGUUCGCGUCUUAUUUAAGACGCGUCUUAUUUUUCCUCGUAUAAAUGGCCCUAAUGUCUAAAUAUGGGUGGAAGUGAUCAUCGGUUACUUUUUUGUAUGCAGUAGCGUCCGUAGAUGUCCUCAUGGCAAACAGUUAUCUUGCCAAAACUCGAUAUGUACAUUUUGCAUGACUAUGAAAUCGUCGUCUUGUUUUGAUAGAAUAAGCAAACUCGACCGCCAUUACUCGUAUUUGCAAAUUUUAUCACUUGUUUCCCAUCUGAAAUACCACGUGACAUAGCUUUUAUCCCAUCCAUCCUAGAGCGCGUGCAAAGAUGGCGGGUAUCGUGAAUAACGUCUAUUGCUAAACCAUCAGUUAAAUAAUCAUCAAAACUGUUCUUUUCUUUUUAUUUCCCAGUCUCUUCACUUCUUUUACGGCCUUGGGGCCUUGGUUAGCCCUGUUAUUGCAGAGCCUUUCCUGCGAAGCGCAUGCGCAGAUGGGCAUUUCCAAAGCAACAUCUUUGGUUGGACACUUGAAAAUUCCACCCUGGAGUCUUAUAUUACGUAUAACGUGGAUGGAGUCAAGUUUAACGUGACUAUGUUGAACGAUACCGUGUCAAGAGUGUCUCUACCAAGACAUUAUCAUACUAAGUCUUUUGUUCAAUAUGCUUACUGGCUUGUAGCACUUCUCCAGGUUUGUGUUUUUAUCCCCGGACCCGGCGGAUACUCCCUAACCCCGGGGGUAAUCCCUAUAAUUGCCUAUACCGGAAGGCUCCACACGAAAGGGGUCCCUUUUUCAGGCUUCAUCUAAGUAGCUCUAAGUAUAAAAGGGUAGAGUUUUCACUAGCUAAUGUGUAUGAAACGGUAAGGAAAUCUGUCAUUUCAUCGUACAAAAAGGUCCAAAACGGCUAAAAGAUGCAUUUUAUGGCUAUGGGAUCUAGUUAUAUCUAAAAUUCACUGAAUUUACAGCAGUCAAGAGGGAUACAAAGUUAUACGAAAGGGGUAUCUUUUCGGUCGAAAACGGUAUAUUUUUGAGUAGAAGGUUGGACCUCCUGGCGGAGCUCCCCACCUCCCGUAUAAAACUUUGUUGAGUACCCUCCUGGGCGCCGGACUGUAUCAGAUAGGUGUGUUGUGGUUCAGUUUUAUCUUUGGUUUAAAUUUAAAAAGAAAAUAAAAUUUAAACCAAGGAUAAAAUUGAACCACAACAGAUGCAAUGAGGCGAUAGCAUGCAUACACGUCUCAAAUGUCCUUUAAUAGGGACUUUAAGAUCCGAGGACGGCGACGACAGUGAAAACGUCGCUGAAAAAGUGAAUUCGCGUUCUUUCAAUCUUCAUUGCGAUUACUCCAAGUCACUAACUUUGUCAAAUGUAGGCAACCCCUCCUAGAGUUGAAUUCUUAACAACCAUAUCCAAGUUUAGAAAAAGAGAGGAAAUCUCGUCGUCGCUUGUGUACUUCCUCUGUACACCGUGAAAGUAGGCAUUUUCACGUCGUAGUCGUGAAGUGACGGCAAAGAAAUGUACAAAAAAGCGUAAUGCACGUGCAAAAUUGUUGUUUUGCUAAUUAAACCUAUUGCUUUUGUGGCGUUCCCGUUGCCGUCGCCGUCGUCGGAUCUUAAGGUCCCUAAUUUACGAACAAAGUAAAGGAAAUAGAUAGGCGCGCACAGGUGGCAAGUAGGCCUACAUACUGGAGCCCAAGUGAGGCAAAACCACGCAUUUUUCAUUCGCAUCAGCCCUUAUGUUUACUGUUAAGUUUUUAUUGUGCAGAAGGAAGACCGUUAAUUUCAUGGGUUAUCCUUUGUGGGUUAUAUCAUUAACUUGUCAUAAAGUAAGUUGUAAAAUCUUGAAAAUUCAAGAUGUUGCCGCAAGAUAUUAAAUUUUUAAUUCUUGAACGGACCCUAUUUCGACGUGCUAUUAAUAACCUAUGCCUUUUUUUCUUUCCCCCUCAAGGUUCCAGUGCAGUCAGGCCUGUUUUAUCUAAUUUAUAGACAGCGCUACCUCAGGCGCUGGGCACCUGAAAUGUUUGCUAGGAGAGUCGUCACUCUCGCCGCUUUGCCUGCUGGGAAUGGAGAUGAAACAGAAAGUGAAGGUAUCGCAAACUUGUUCCCAGGGCUUCUCUCUCUUACAUAUUGAAAGGGGCUGAGGAAAAGGCUCACUGUACUCAUUCGGCAAUUUAUAAACGAGAGGAAAACUGGAACCGAAUGUGUCCCGCAAUUGUUUCUGGGAAAUUUCUGGGGUCGUUACCAGGGACGCGCCAGUGAGCCAUUGGCCAAUUCGUUUUUCUGGCACUAAUAACAGUCCCAGAGGUCUUUGCGAAAGUCAACUCGACCCAGUUUUUCUCGAAUUAGUAGUAACCAGAUGAUUCUUUCAAUUCGGGUGAUAACUGUGCAAAACAUGAAGCAACAAGAGAAAUUAUGUGAUUGUUAAAGAGCGUGCACGUAUACCUUCAGGAAAGAGGCUUCUCCUCUCUGUUUGCUAAAUACGAUCAUAUAUUUGAAGUAAGCUUAGCCGUUUAGCCGACACAAACGCGAUCCCUAAUGUUUAGGGAUCGCGUUUGUGUCGGUUUUUUCCGACUGUGUGGACGUUUAACUAUAAACUAUUGUUGUUGUUUUUUAAAACUUGUAAAUCAUUUUCUUCUCCAGACCUCCCUCAAGUGUUCAAGUCUAUGGCAGACCACUCGUCCAUCAGACUAUCAUUCUGCAGUCUUCCCGCCAAAAUACCGCUGGUCACCCUGCUGGCAGGCCUGUUGCUAUUCUUGUUUGAUGGAUUACAAGGGGCAUUUGGUGGCUAUGUAUACACGUAUGCGGUAAAAAGCGAAGUAGAUCUAUCCUCAUCUCAUGCUGCUUAUCUUAAUUCAUUAUUCUGGGUAGGUAGAUAAACUGAGUAGGAAUGGAUUUCUCUUUACUGUUAACUCAAUCUGGUGCCCAGAGUCCGCGGGUUCUUUGGUCAGUGCGUUGUCGCCUGGUGGUAGUAGGUACCUCAUAUAUGGUUCCUAUAGUGUACCGAUAUAUAGAUUCUUAUAAUGCAGUCUUUCUUCUGGUGUACCGAGGAAUCAUAUAUGAAGUACCUACGGUGGUGGUAGGUACUUCCAGUUUAUAGUGGUCGAGUCUUCUGGCGACCACCCGCUGACCUUAAGGCCCAAGGGCUCUGGGUACGAGAUGUCUGUAAACAUAGUUAACUUCAUUCAAUUUCCUUAGCUUUUAUUUUGUUUAAUAUACUUAAUACCUGCGAGCGAUCGACAUGGCCUUAAAACAACGAUAUAGAGCAUUAGAAUGGUGACAAAGAAAACGAAAUUGGAAUGAAACUGCGACAGAAAAAGAAGACAAUUCGAAAUGUUGUAGUGAAAAGCCGUCAGAGACAUGGUUUGAAAUUCGUAUAUAUAAUGAAUUUGUUUCUGAAUAGAAUUCCAAGAAAUUCCCGUCUUCAAAUACUCAAUAGUACGCCCAUGUUAAUUCCUUACAGUGUUCAUUCGCCGCUGGAAGAUUUAUUUCAAUCCUCAUUUCAGUAUUCCUGGUUCCGGACAAAAUGCUUUUCGUGAAUCUGGUAGGUAAUUAAAAGUAAUUUUGAUCAUACGAGACGGCAUAGAAAUCGUAAAUAAAGCUCCUGCGAUUUUGCAAGCGAGCUGACGUUUGCCACAGUGCCAUUCCCAAGUUUCUCUAUUAGCUUUCGAGUAAACAACAGUGAUAUCAAUAAAAACGGCUGAAAAAAAUUAAUCGAUCUAGCAAAAAAUGUAAAAGGAAAUACAUAGACAGUUUUAACAUUAUCUCAUACUCAUCCCUGGCUCCAAAUGCGGAGUUUCAUGCCAUUCAUAUCUAACAACUACAACUUCUACUAUAUAGAUUUUUUUCUUCUUAAAAUAUAUUUUUCUUGUCGCCAUAAAGAGUAAAAAACACCAAUAAAAAAGGUCUGAGGGUUACUGUUCUUGUUUCAUCGUAAAAGACAAUAGAAUGAUAAUAACUUUGGCUUUAAAUGAUCAUUUGGCGCGAGGGGACUGGGGCGAGUUCAAGACCAGUUCGUUUGUAGACGGGAAGAGUUAUCGCAAUCGCUAUUAAAACCACUUGGACUAUAAAAAGGGCCUUUGUUUAUGAGCAGAACUGGCUGAUCAAAAACAUGUCAAUUACAUAAACCUUCAAGUUGGCGCGAGAUUUGCUAAAACAGCUGUCAAGCUUUAAAUGUUUUGGAGGCGAAACAUAUCACCUUCACGUGAAUGUAGACCGCGCGGGUCAUGGAAACAACAGACAAAAAUAGCCUUCACGCAGCACGCGCGCGAACUUUAAAUAGAUUUCAAAUAUAUAUCAUGGGGCAUAGGGAUUCGCUCUGUUAGAUUAUUCUCUCUUGAUUACUAUUGUAUACGCAGUCGGUGAUCCGCAGCGAAAUACAAGUGAAGUAUCUUAAAAAGUUAAAAUUGUUAUAAACCGUGAUUAACCAGUUCCUCACGACCAACCGAUAAUUGUGUUUCUGAAUUACGUUUCAGUUUGGCUCGUUUACAGCAAUAUCCGUAAUGUUAUACCUUCACCAAUUUCCCCUCUCUUUGUGGAUUGGUACUGGCGCAUUUGGUCUGUUUAUGAGCUCUGUAUUUCCCACGACUCUCGCCUUGGCAGAAUACUACAUUGACGUCACAGGUAAAGCUUUAGCGAAUCAGUUAAAAAGUGACUUUGCGUUCUUUGAAAAUUCAGGGCGAUUAUCCCAAGUAGCUAACUUUGUAAAAUCGUUUGUUUACAUUGUCGAUAAAACGAGAAAUUCGACAAUUUUGCGUCGUAGUCCUGAAGUGACCGCAAAGAAAUUUACAAAAAGCGUGAUGCACGUGUAGACUUGUUGUCGGUUGUUUUGCCAAUCUAAACCUAUUGCUAUUUUGACGUCAGUUCUCGUCGCCGUUGGGACAAAAAGUCCCUCUUAUCAAAUGAAUCAUUACCAUGGGAACGAGGUUGUAUGUAUCUUCGUAUCAGAUGCCAAAUUAUCUUGUUAUACCCCCCAACUCAAGAUUCCGAUUGGAGCAGAAAGGGUCACGUGCUAAACGUGUCAAAACAGUGAUUUCAGUCCAAGUCAAUACGAUAGGUGGAGACAUCGAGUUGACCAGAAGUCUGAGUUAUAAAAAGUGACAAAUAUUUCUCUUACUAUGAGUUUGUCGUAUUUUCAGGUUCAAUAACAAGUAUCUUGAUCGUGAGUUCUGCAACAGGGGAGAUGGUAUUUCCACUUCUUGUCGGAAAGGUGAUCCUUACUAAUGUUAACGUUUGUUUAAACACCCCUGAAUCCCUAACAUUCAGUAAUGACCGCAAUGCAUCUUUGUAAGAUCGAGGUCACAACAAUCAUCGUAGUCAGAUCGAUUUAUCUAAAUAGGCACUCUAGGGUGACUGGCAUAUUAAGCUUAAAAUACCCGGAGUCAUGACUGCCACUGCUUAGGUUGUGAUAUAGUUGUGCGCAUGCGUAAGUUACUGGCCAUACCGCGGCGUUUAAACCGCGGCGUUGUGCUCCAAUGCUUAAAUUACUGUGCUUCCUUCCUUUUUUGGAUUUGUUGGCAAAGAUUCGUCAGUUUUCGUUUCUGUAAAGGAGGGUCAAGGAACUAUGUCACGCUACUCGCUAUCUUUUUAAAAAGCUCAAACAUAUGUUCGCAUCAGUUGAAUUCCAAAAAUAUAGUCACAGAAUUCACCUAAAACAGCCAUAUCCUAGUCAUAUAACCCCUUUUAACUGUUUAACAAGUAAGAUAUCAAAUUGAAAAGCAAAAUCAUGUUUCUAUUUCAAAUUCCCAGGCUUUCGCCCGUGAUGGCCCUUACUCGUUCUUGGUGAUCGGGUUCUUGAUUUGUACAUUCGCUCUUCUGGUGUUCCUGAUACUGCGCAUGACAGCCAGAGCGCAACUUAACCAAUCAGGUUAGUGUAUCAUAGCAAAGGGUUGUGACGUAAAUGGAUACCUUUUAAGAGUCGGAUUUCCCAAGCUAAGCAACGACUGGAACCUAAUAUUUCAAACUCAAUUAAUUUGAAAUACGUACGAAAAACCUCCAUGUGCGACCUCGUCUCCUAUCUAGUGGGACCACAAAUUGAUUUACAACAUUCUCUCUUGUUUGCAAACACAAAAGUUUCGGCGCGAUUUCUGUAACAGAGCGAAGGUGCGCCGCUCCGAUCUCGAAAGUGGAGCGUCAUAUAUCGGAUGGGUUCUGUGCCAGACUUUAGAGCAGUGUAAACGGGUAUUCGGACCGUAGUGGAAGUGGAUAAAUAGGAGCGAGGACUGGAAUCCACUGAAGACUGGGAUCUAGUUCCCCAAACCCUCUCGACCAACCGCUCAGGCAAGAUUUUUUGAUGUGUGUGAACGACUUGUUCCAGUUUUGUACCGUUGCUCUUCAUACAGUAACUAGGGACCUUAAGUAACAACCAUGGCGACGGCCACGAAAACGUCACUUAAAAAGUGAAUUCGCGCUACUUCAAACUUUAUCGCGCUUAUUCCAACUCGUUCAAUUCGUGAAAUGUUGGCAAAUAUUUCUGGAGUUGAAUUCUAAAAGACUGUAUCAAAGUUCAGGAAAAGAAAAAGAAAGUCGUUGUCUUGUGUUCAUGUUGUCGACCAAACGUGAAAUUAGGCACUUUCACGUUGAAGUGGUACAAAAAAAAGAGUGAUGCACGUGCAAAGUUGUUGUUUUGCUAAUCUAAACCUAUCGCUUUAUUGCCUGUCCUCGUUGCCGUCGCCGUCGUCGUACCCUUUAAACCCUAAGAUCAAAAUUUGAAUUCUCAUUUGUUGCCCCCAUUCAUUUCCUACAGAAGUAAUGGGGAGAAGUUGAUAAAAUGUCAAACAAAUUCAUGCAUGAUGUCUGUAAUUCUCAUUACCACUCCGUUUCACAAAGCACUGAUAUUACAAGGAGAAAUUUGAUGCUGAACACUCUUAGGGUUAAGCUCCCUAAUGUACUACACCAAACAGCUUUUCAUGUCGGCACGAUAUACUCUCCGGNGUGAUGGCCCUUACUCGUUCUUGGUGAUCGGGUUCUUGAUUUGUACAUUCGCUCUUCUGGUGUUCCUGAUACUGCGCAUGACAGCCAGAGCGCAACUUAACCAAUCAGGUUAGUGUAUCAUAGCAAAGGGUGGUGACGUAAAUGGAUACCUUUUAAGAGUCGGAUUUCCCAAGCUAAGCAACGACUGGAACCUAAUAUUUCAAACUCAAUUAAUUUGAAAUACGUACGAAAAACCUCCAUGUGCGACCUCGUCUCCUAUCUAGUGGGACCACAAAUUGAUUUACAACAUUCUCUCUUGUUUGCAAACACAAAAGUUUCGGCGCGAUUUCUGUAACAGAGCGAAGGUGCGCCGCUCCGAUCUCGAAAGUGGAGCGUCAUAUAUCGGAUGGGUUCUGUGCCAGACUUUAGAGCAGUGUAAACGGGUAUUCGGACCGUAGUGGAAGUGGAUAAAUAGGAGCGAGGACUGGAAUCCACUGAAGACUGGGAUCUAGUUCCCCAAACCCUCUCGACCAACCGCUCAGGCAAGAUUUUUUGAUGUGUGUGAACGACUUGUUCCAGUUUUGUACCGUUGCUCUUCAUACAGUAACUAGGGACCUUAAGUAACAACCAUGGCGACGGCCACGAAAACGUCACUUAAAAAGUGAAUUCGCGCUACUUCAAACUUUAUCGCGCUUAUUCCAACUCGUUCAAUUCGUGAAAUGUUGGCAAAUAUUUCUGGAGUUGAAUUCUAAAAGACUGUAUCAAAGUUCAGGAAAAGAAAAAGAAAGUCGUUGUCUUGUGUUCAUGUUGUCGACCAAACGUGAAAUUAGGCACUUUCACGUUGAAGUGGUACAAAAAAAAGAGUGAUGCACGUGCAAAGUUGUUGUUUUGCUAAUCUAAACCUAUCGCUUUAUUGCCUGUCCUCGUUGCCGUCGCCGUCGUCGUACCCUUUAAACCCUAAGAUCAAAAUUUGAAUUCUCAUUUGUUGCCCCCAUUCAUUUCCUACAGAAGUAAUGGGGAGAAGUUGAUAAAAUGUCAAACAAAUUCAUGCAUGAUGUCUGUAAUUCUCAUUACCACUCCGUUUCACAAAGCACUGAUAUUACAAGGAGAAAUUUGAUGCUGAACACUCUUAGGGUUAAGCUCCCUAAUGUACUACACCAAACAGCUUUUCAUGUCGGCACGAUAUACUCUCCGGUAUUGUGUGAACAUAUCCUUAAGAAACCGUUUUUAAUGACAAUUGCCUUUUCUUACAGUGCACGACCUAUACCGAUGUGCCGUUAAGCGCCUAUGUCAUUGUAACCAAGCCUGCGAUGAUUGUGAGUACACGCCGCUAGUCACGUGCGAAGAGGGAGAAGAAAAUGCGGGAAACGAAGAGCCAGUCAGAAGCGAGCCAGUUCACAGAGUGGCGGAACUACAAAGUUAACCAAUCACUAAGAAGAAUGUAAUUUUUCUUACCGACGAAUCUGUUUAAGAAAAUAACUGCUGUAAAAAAAUUAUAUAAUGACGGUACACUAUUGCUUUGAUUCUAGAAGAAUA